UGUUUGAGCAACUCUUCGUCAGGGGCAACUGCUUCAAAUUAAAUUGUUGUUUUCGCCACGUAUACAGUUAAAACAUGUCGCGUUUUCAUCCGUUUCUAUCAGAAGAUAAAAAGGUGGAGUUGAAAGCGGUGGCUGAAAGCAUAGUCGUUAACGGCAAAGGAAUUCUUGCUGCUGACGAAAGCACGGGCACUAUUGGUAAAAGAUUUGACAAGAUAAAUCUUGAAAACACAGAAGAAAAUAGAAGGCAAUACAGGAAGUUAUUAUUUUCUACUGACGCAUCAUUUGCUGAGCACAUUAGUGGGGUUAUCCUAUUUCAUGAAACGUUUUACCAAAAAAAUGAUGAUGGCACUCCAUUAAUUAAGUUACUUCAGGACAAAGGAAUCAUUCCUGGCAUUAAAGUUGACAAAGGUACUGUUAUCUUGGCGGGCACAGAUGAAGAAACAACGACUCAAGGAUUAGAUGGCUUGGGUGAAAGAUGUGCCCAAUACUACAAGGAUGGAGCCAGGUUUGCUAAAUGGAGAUGUGUUUUGAAAAUAUCUGAAUAUACUCCAUCCUACCUGGCGCUCAUUGAAAAUGCCAACGUGUUAGCAAGAUAUGCUAGCAUAUGCCAGCAAAAUGGAUUGGUACCAAUCGUUGAACCUGAAGUACUCCCUGAUGGUGACCAUGACCUUGAAACUUGCCAGAGAGUGACUGAACAGGUGUUAUCCUUUGUCUACAAAGCUUUGGCUGACCACCACGUUUAUCUGGAAGGUACUCUUCUCAAGCCAAACAUGGUUACUGCUGGUCAGAACUCCAAACGAUUGUUUUCACCAGAACAGGUUGGUCAUGCAACCACUGAAGCUCUAAGGAGGACCGUUCCUGCUGCUGUUCCCGGCGUUGUAUUUUUGUCCGGUGGUCAGUCAGAAGAGGAGGCAACUUUAAAUUUAAAUGCCAUUAACAAAGCACAUGGUAAAAAACCUUGGGCUUUGUCUUUUAGCUAUGGAAGGGCUCUCCAGGCAUCAGUUCUUAAAGCCUGGCAAGGAAAACAAGAAAAUGUGAAUGUUGCUCAAAAGGAAUUUUUAGCAAGAGCAAAGGUAAAUGGAUUGGCCAGUCAAGGCAAAUAUGAAGGAGGAGUCUGUGGAGUUGCUGGUGAUCAAUCAUUGUUUGUGGCGAAGCACGCUUAUUAAAUGAAUCAUUUUAAAAUUAGUUAAGUUUGAAAUUUAAUAGAACAAAUUUUGUGUUAACAUUUGGACUGUCUUGAUCAUUUUAGUUGCUUGUCAAUUUAAGCAUUCCAAUUUAAGGGAUAUUGAUACGUUUGCAUGAAAAUGCGUAAUAAAUGUUGGUAUUGUUAUAACCGCGUGAAUGAUAGAAUAGCGCUAUAUUUGUUUUUUUAAUUAUCAUUUAUCUAUACUAUAUUUGUGAUCUUUGGGAAGGCUGUAAAUUUGUGUGUAUGCUAACUCAGCUAAAAAUACGACGUGCAUAGCCUGGCUAAGGCAGUUGAUGUAAAAGUGAGGUUCGAUACGAAGUCGUUAAUGUGGUUUAUGUAGUUAUUUGGACUAGUGUGUUGUUUCUACUGCUAUUUAAAUAAACAUUCAACAAAGUCUGCG